UCAGUUUUGCAUGCUCACACUCUUCACCUUCUUCUCCUCUACCUCAACCAAACCACCACCUUCCCCAUUAACGAGAAAAUCGAAGUCUAUAAAGAAACACUAUAAGAUGAGGCCUAUCAACAGCGGUAACACAGUAGAAGCAGCAAGUAUGCCCUCAUUGUCACCGCCGGCAACGGCGCAGCCACGCUCUCCAUGGCACUCGCCCGUGCCCUACCUCUUCGGAGGCCUAGCAGCGAUGCUGGGUCUCAUUGCUUUUGCUCUCUUGAUCUUAGCUUGCUCCUACUGGCGACUUCCUGGUCGUUUGGACAACCACGGUGAAGGAGGCGACGCCGAAAGGGAUGUCGAAAGUGGUGAAAACGAGGAUGAGUCUACGAAGCCGGUGAAGGUUUACGAGGAGAAGAUUCUGGUUAUAAUGGCCGGUGAGGAAAAGCCCACGUUCUUGGCUACCCCUGUAAGCACUAAAGCUUCCUCGUUCGGUGAUAAAAACGGUAAGUUGGAGGACAAAGAAGGAUCAGAGAAACCCGAAAGCGGCGAGAAAGUGAAAGAAGAAAUGGGUGGUGAUGAUGGCAAUGAUCAAUUGCCAACAAUAACAGAGAACUCCGAAAACCACGAGAACCAUGACAGCCAACCAACCCCAGACCAAAAUUAAACCAGUGAGCUUAGCUGUUAGUUUCUUUAACCUUUUUAAUUUGGUCUCUCUUUGCAGAGAGUGAGAUUUUCCACUGUUCCCCCCCCUCUUCUUCUCCCACUUUUGUUUUAAUCGAUUUUGAUAGUCGGAAAAUGUAAAUUUUAACGAGAACAUUAAUUAGACUCGAGUUCUCUUCCCAAA